CUCUAUAUAUAUCUAUCAUAUUUUUAUCUUAUUUGAAUUAUAAUUUUCUGUGGCUAGGGAUGUGGGGGAGGAGGUAAAACAUUUAAUUGCAAAUAUGAUUUAAAAAUUUGUUUAACAUAAAAAUUGAUUUAACAUUAAAAUUACUUAACUCACAGGUUCGUUAAGGUAUACUAAACCAUUAGGAUUUUUCAAAAUUAUUUUAAUUUACCCCCCCCCCCCCCCCAAAAAAAAAAUAAUUAAAAAACGACACCUCCUUCCCCAUUCAAUAGCCUUUGUUGACCCUAACUUACAUUACAUUGCGACCGAUUGUAGCGCAGUUGUUUUUCUAAAGUCCUUCGCCAAAGCACCUUUUAAAUUAUUUUUUUCAGACGUCUUAUAUGCCUCGCCUGAAAGCCCAAUCUCUUUAACAGCAUUUUUCAGGGUGUGGGGGGAAUUCUUAAGCCCUCGAAGCUGGACAUUGGUGAUCACAUGGUGGUGCUCACUGUCUCUAGACAACAGCUGGAGAUUGGUGAUCACAUGCUGGUGCUCACUGUCUCUAGACAACAGCUGGAGAUUAGUGAUCACACGGCGGUGCUCACUGUCUCUAGACAACGGCUGGAUAUUGGUGAUCACAUGCUGGUGCUCACUGUCUCUAGACAACGGCUGGAGAUUGGUGAUCACAUGGCGGUGCUCACUGUCUCUAGACAACGGCUGGAUAUUGGUGAUCACAUGCUGGUGCUCACUGUCUCUAGACAACGGCUGGAUAUUGGUGAUCACAUGGCGGUGCUCACUGUCUCUAGACAACGGCUGGAUAUUGUUGAACACCCCAGCUACCGAUCACGCGGUUCUCCUCACUGUCUUUAGACAACAGCUUUACGGUACCACGUGACUUUGAGACGUGAGCAGGGUGACUUUGAGGUCAGUCGCAAUGUAAUGUAGGGUAUAUGGAAGUAGAGAUUUAUUUUAAAAUUUCCUAGAUAGAAUCAGUUAUAUUUAGAUGAGCACCAAAAGAUAACAAAAACUACUUUAACUUGCCAACUUUUAAAAAGAAUGACUUAAUAUCAAAUUAAUUUUGUUCCCAUUACUGAUUGCUCUAGCAGGGUUUCUAACAAAAAAAAAAACAAACAAAAAAAAAAAAGAAUUAAUCGUCAUACACCAACCAUCAAAAUGCAAUGUAGAUCAAACUUUAACAUAAGCAUGUACGUUUGUGAACGUGUAAUAAUUAUGUGUAUGGUUAUAAUAUUUAUGUAUAUGAUGAAUGCUUGCUAGCUAUUUAAGUUAUGAUAUGUACGACAACAUGUAAAGCAAACUCAAAAUAUUAAGGAUUAAUUUUUGGAAAGUAAUCUGAAGGAUCCAAUUUUUUUUCCAUAUUUAAUUAGUGCUACUAAUCAAUGUAGAUACCCUAAAUCACACCAUGUUGAAAAUUGUUUGUGAUUUUUUUUUUGGAGGGUAACACUUUGAAGUACAGUUGAAUAUCCCAAUGAAUAUGUUGUUUUAAAGCGUAUGCGAGGUAUAUAUUUUAAUGUAACAAAAAUAACAGAACAGCUAACAAACGACUGCCGUGAUGAUGUCCACAGUUCUGUUACACAAUUUGUUGAUGGCUUACAUUUAAACGUCUGUUUUAGUCACUGGAUUGAUCUUUUGGUAAAGAAGGCACCAAAAUGUUUAAACGAAAUUGCAAGCGUAGAUUUAUAAUGCAAACAUUUACAGCAAAACACUGAUUUAAUUUCCAUGCGAAACCGUUACAUGAACAAUUCACGCAACGUCACCAUAGCAACGGUCUCUUGCAAUGAUGCUGGAAUUUUUUUUCUUUUUCAUUAGCUUGAAAUUCGGUGACGAUUUUUUUUUCUUUUGGUCAGUUAGUUGGUCGCUUCAAUACGAAGUGGGUCAGUGGGAUGAGCUCUCGCCUCGGCUUCCUGUAAAGGUCGCCAUAUUAUGACAUGCCCAUAUAUGGAGAUGUCUAAAACAUGAGUAUUUCUUCAUACAAUACACAUACAAUAUUUAAAAAAAUUUGUUUAGGUCAUCUUGAUAUAUAAAUAUAAUUAGAACCUGAGGAGAAAAUCUAUAGUUACACAUACAAGAAAUCGAAACAUAUUUUGGUUAGAGGCUACAAUAAGUUGCAUUAUUUUAUAAUAUAAUUUAUAAGUUCUAAUCAGCAAAAUACACUUUAUUUGAAAUCAAGCUUCAUAAAAAAAAAUUGACAAUUUAAAAAAAAAAAAAAAUUUAAAUUGUAAAAAUUUACAUUUAUCCUUGAAAAUAAUUAAAAUAAUGGAAUGUCCUUUAAAAAACAACAGCAACUUAAGACCAUUUAUUAAAUCCCCAAAAAUGACAUAAGCCAAAUUGUAAAUUGAUGGUGUUGCGAAUUCCAUUAUUUUGAUACAGUAAUAUGAGAACCGUCGCAUGGGUCAUGUAACUCAUCCCCCCCCCCCCCCCCCCCCCCCCCCAACUGCUUCAUGGGUUCUUAGGUAUUUAAGUAGGCCAAAUUUGUGAUGUGGGAAAUGUUAACUGUCAACAUUGAAUACAGGGGGUUAAAACCCUAAAGUGGCGGGGGAGGGGGGCUCAAAGAGUCACGUGACGGUUCUGUAAUUGUGAUACCAAGCUUAACAUAUUAUUUCAUUCUCUAUGCUCUAGAUUUAAAGUACUGGAAAAUAUCUAUUAGUGCUAGCAAUAUACAAUAUAAACAUGUUAAAAUUUUAUUUAAACCCGUUGAAUAUUUUAUAUUUUCACAGUUUUAUCAGUUAAAAUUUGUUAUAUAUAUAUAUAUAUAUAUAUAUAUAUAUGUGUAAAUAUAUUUAAAAAUUGUAUGUUAUGUUUAGUCAACUAAACAAAGGUAUUCCAAAACAUUAAAUUUAAAUAUUGUAUUUAUUUUUCACAUUUACGAGUUGAAAAAAAAUGUCUUACCUUCCAUUAGGGCCUUAAUCAAAUAACCAGUAAUUAACAUAUUACACGAGUAAUAGGCCUACAUUACAAUGAUCCUAACACUCCCUUCUUAAACAUGGCGUUACUAAUCCAGACCAACACAUUACUAAUUGUCAGCUCAUUUGUACAGAGUACUACACACUGUUAGUGGUGCCAUUAGAGAGCUCGGGUACUAAAUUUUAAAAAUAAAAAUAAAUUCCUUAAAUUUUUUUUUUUUUAAAUGAGAUCUUGAAGUGAAUAUAAAACAGACGUCGGUGUAAGGCUACAUCAAUGCUUAGCACGACAUAAUGUAGCACUCUAGUUUUAUGUGUGUGAUUUUCUUUCUUUUUGUUUCAUUCUGAAAGUUAAACAAGGAUUUUUAAAUAUCGCUGCGGUCAACUGUGGUAGUAUUUGUAUUUUCUUGGGUAACUAAGGUUUUCCCAACAUGGAAUGUUCGCACCCAACGGGGGAUUUGCGGAACUCGGUUAAAAGAACAGAUGAGUCAGAGACUUCUAGAGUUCUCUUUGUAAUUUAAUUUUUUUUUUUUUUAAAUUGAUUGUGUUCUUUAUUUAAAUAUUAAAAUGCUUUAUUUCUUUGGCAGGGGUUCCAUAAAUUUAAUUGAACCGUUUGUAAUUUGUAUAGGGCGCCAGACUAGCCUAACAAUUUAGGGAAACAUUUUAUAAAAACUAGUAAAAAAAAAUUUCUUAGGAUGAAGAAAAUCGAAUUAGAAAUCUUUUUUUUUUAAAACACGCUUCUCCAGAGAAUUUCAAAAAUACGCAAAGGAAAUGUUAUUAACAUUAAAAUUUUGGCC